CAGCACCUGGGGAGCACGAAGAGCCCAGCCACAGCGGAGUAAAUGCUGCAGACGUGAGAGAACUCCUUCGCCUCUCGCAGGUUAUCGGCAAACUGAAGCGAACACCGCGAACGGGAUGGGUUCGUCGAGGUGUCCAGAAUGCCGAGUCUGUGGCAGAACACUCAUUCCGCAUGGCUCUGCUGGCGUUGCUGUAUGCUCCACAAGUUGACGCGAAUGGGAUUACUUCAUCUCCCACUGGCGAAACUCCUGCCACUAUAACUGCAGUUUCUAGAGGACCAGGUGGAAGAAAAAUAGGAGAUCAAAUUCUGGCCGAUGCAGCUCCUGUAGUUUCAGAAGUUUGUGGCACAAGUGACUUCUAUGAAGAACUAGAAGUAGAUCAUAUGUUGAAAAAAACACGAGGAACGACCAGCUCAGUACGACCUCUAGACGCAAUGCGCUGUUGUCAAAUGGCUUUAGUUCAUGAUCUCGCAGAAGCUCUUGUCGGGGAUCUAGUAGUAGACGGCGACGCCAGUAGCCGCGAUAACAUAACACGUGCGGAAAAAGCCAAGCUGGAGGAAAAGGCGAUUUUACAAAUACUUGGACCUGCUGCACCCACAGUAGAGGACAAGGCGGAGGACGCAGACACAAGUUCAGGUAUUAUAGCGAAACGAAGGAAAAUAGACUCAGAGGGGGGCGCGUCUUGUUCUCCUGUAGUAAGCCCAAGCCUAGAAAAAACCAAGUCCUUCCUCCUGUCUUUGUGGUACGAAUACGAGGCGCAAGAGACUCCAGAGGCCAAAUUUGUCAAGGACCUGGAUAGACACGAGAUGAUGCUCCAAGCAGACGACUACGGCAUAGAGCAAUCGGAAGUAGAUCUCUCCGACUUCUACAGAUCGACUAUUAAGGCGACUAAGUAAAUUUUACACGUGUGGUUCAUUCACAACAUCGAUCGAUUAUUAUAGUACUUACUACUAUUCCUGAUUAUGAAAGGUGUUGGAGUCAUCGCUCUAACGAUCUGACUAGAAAAUGAAUAGGUACUGAAUGAGAAGUAGAAUUUAUUUCCAAUUUCAGCAUUAAGAUUACAACUAAGGUACUACAAGUUGUACCUCCACGUCUGGUCCUCGUCGUGUUGGCUCCUCAUCUUGCUCUUCUAAUUUAGAAGGCAUUUUCGUGUCUCCUAUCGUUCGCGGCGUGGAUGAGGACCUCAGAAAAAGAUACGCGGAACGGGAAGAAAGGAAGUAGGCGAAGAUCGCGGCUAAGAAUGAUCCAGAUUCGAAGAGCACUGAAAAACGAGAUGUGGUAGCUCCGACUGGUUGAAGCACGACUUCUGACACGUCCCGUGUCAGCAUUGCCUUCUUUAGCUAGGAGGACGCCUCCUCACCAGCAACUGCUUAUCCACUGUGGCUGUUGCCCCCGCAAAGAAGCA